AUGAUUUUCGACUCGAGACUUCCUCUCCCUCCUGUGCCGAGCACGGAUGCCUUCUCUUAUAUCUUUGGUCAGAGCAGGAGGGAAUACCCUAAGAAUAGGGUGCUUUACCGUGUUGAUGGUACAGACCAGACACUCACAUAUGCCCAAUUGAAGAAGAAGAGCCUUCAGUUUGCAGAUGCGAUACACAAAAGAUACAACCUAGAGCCGAACGACGUAGUUGCUAUUCUGGCAAAGGACAAGAUUCAAUAUCCUAUUGCCUACUGGGGUGCCGUCGCUGCUGGAGCGAUGGUAGCUCCCAUUCCUGUUCAGAAUGAAAUGAGCGAGACAGACGUUGCUGCUCGGCUCGUGCAAGCAAAGGCCAAACUCUUCAUCACUGACUCUGACCUUCUUGCUCUGUCAGAAGUGGCGUCCGAGCUUGCCGGCUGUAUCUCAAUCCUGACGUUGGACAACAAUACCGAGGGUUGGCCGAUUCUGGACGACCUAGUUCAGACGGGAAGCGCGGACACACGGGUUUUCGAGCUAAAGACCGCACAAGAAGCCGACGAACACAAUUGUUUCAUCAAUCGGACUAGCGGAUCAACGGGAAAUAUGAAGUCGGUUCUCACCAGUCACGCACACUAUAUCGCGACAAUGGAGGGCACCAUUGGCACAAUUCCGAACGACACAAACCCCAACACUGACGUGUGGGUGUCUCCGCUCUCACUGGGGUUCUUUAUCAAUUCCAAGCUGCACAUCGGGCUGAACAUUAUGCUCGGUAUCCCCGUUGUCCUGAUGAGGAAAACGCUUGACGAGACCACUGUCGAUGUCAUCGCUCGUCACCGCAUUACCUUUUUGUUCAUUACUCCCCCGAUUGCUGCGCGACUUGCUCGUGCUAACCUGAGUGAAUGCGAUGUCAGCAGUGUCAAAUGGUUAUUGACAGCGGGUGCUCCAAUGCACGAGAACCUCCGUCAAACAGUCUCGGACCAAUUUGGAGGCGUCCAUAUGACUCUUGAAUGGGCAACCUCUGAGACAAUGCUCCUUGCCAUUCAAGUGGACGAGUCCUCCAAGCGCCCAGGUUCCAGCGGCACCUUGGUGAAUGGUAUCCAGGCUAAGGUUAUCGAUACAAACACUGGGAAGGAGCUCCAGUUCCACGAGGAAGGUGAGAUCUUGGUACGAAAUAGGAUUGCCAAUUUCAAAGGAUACAAAGACAAUGACUUGGCGAACCUCGAUUUCGACGGAGAAAGAUGGUUCCACACCGGCGACUACGGAUAUCUUGAUGAAGGCUGCAACGUUUAUAUUGUUGACCGUAUUAAGGAACUUAUGAAGGUCGGAGAGGGAUACGGGAGCCAUGUGUCUGCUGUGGAGAUUGAGUCGGUGCUAUUUGAGCAUCCGGUAGUAUCAAGCGUCGUCGUUGUCGGGGUCCGUAACCAAGAACUGCAGGUUGAUGAGCCGACGGCGUUUGUGGUUUUGAAGGAGUCUUUCCUCAGCGAAUCAGCACAGACAAUAAAGGACAUUGAGCAGUAUGCUGAGUCAAAGCUGACCGGACUGAGGCGAUUGACUGGAGGAGUGUAUUCCGUGCCGAAGUAUCCCACGACGGGAUUCAAGAUCAACCGGAGGGAGUUAAAGCGUAUGGCUGCUAGCCGGAAGUAA